CGCUGCCCAUGUGCUCCAGCUUGCGCCCGGGUGCCGCCGCCGCUGCUGGCUGGGACUAGCCGCCUCCUCCCCCGGUGGAUGCCGCCGGGGAGCGGGCGGAGCGCGCAGCCGGGGAGGGGGGCUGCCGCGGCCGCCGGAGCCGGAGUGCCUGGCAGUGCCCUCUGCGCUCAUCAGCAUGCUUUACUUCCAGAUGGUGAUCAUGGCAGGGACCGUGAUGCUGGCUUAUUACUUCGAGUACACGGACACCUUCACGGUCAACGUGCAGGGCUUCUUCUGCUACGAGGGCUCCUACCGCAAGCCCUACCCGGGUCCGGAGGACAGCAGCGCCGUGCCCCCGGCGCUCCUCUACGCGCUGGCCGCAGGGGUCCCGGUGCUGGUGAUAAUCAUUGGAGAAACUGCAGUGUUUUGUCUACAGCUAGCUACAAGGGAUUUUGAAAACCAAGAAAAAACCAUAUUAACUGGAGACUGUUGUUAUAUAAAUCCACUGGUGCGCAGAACCAUCCGAUUCCUUGGAAUCUAUGCAUUUGGACUGUUUGCUACAGAUAUCUUUGUAAAUGCUGGACAAGUAGUAACAGGGAAUCUUGCACCACAUUUUCUUGCACUUUGUAAACCCAACUAUACAGCACUUGGAUGUCAACAGUUCACACAGUUCAUCAGUGGUGCACAUGCCUGUACUGGAAACCCAGAUCUUAUUAUGAGAGCCAGAAAAACAUUUCCAUCCAAAGAAGCAGCUCUUAGUGUAUAUGCAGCUACGUAUCUGACUAUGUAUAUUACCAACACAAUAAAAGCCAGAGGAACAAGGCUUGCAAAACCUGUUCUGUGCUUAGGCUUAAUGUGUUUGGCAUUUCUUACUGGUAUCAACAGAGUAGCCGAGUAUCGAAAUCACUGGUCAGAUGUGAUAGCAGGAUUUAUAAUUGGAAUAUCAAUAGCAGUGUUUUUGGUUGUAUGUGUGGUAAAUAAUUUUAGAGGAAGACAACCAGAACAUGAAAAUUCUCAUAUGGAUAAUCUGGCCCAGAUGCCAAUGAUCAGCAUCCCACGAGUAGAAAGUCCUUUAGAAAAGGUAUUACAGAACCCAGAUAUUGAUAAGAAUCAAGAAGACCCUUUACAACAAAACUCCUUCAAAGCACACCUCGUUAGGUUCUUCUCCUGGAUAACACGAAUGAACCGUUUCGAACAUCUUCACAUAAGGCAAUAAACAACCACAUCACGGCCUUUGCAGAAGUCACAUGAUGAUGAAGCUGCUGUGUAUUCACUACACUGGACAUCAUCUCUUUUCACAGUCCACUCAUAAUAACUGAAGUGUAUUGAAAAUAAGAGAGUAAAAAUUGUCUGAUUUAUAACUUGAUUUUUAGAACAUUAAAACUACAUCAACAUUUGAAAACUACUUCUUAAAUAUUAAAAGUUCAAUUUACUUUCCAACAAAAGCAUUGCACCAUUAUUUAUGUAUUUAUUUAUGGGGGCGGGGGGAGGGAAGGAAUCUGAACUUUAGUCAUGUUUGUAUGACAAUGCCCUCUCUAGCCUUUUUUGGCUAUUUAUCAUUUUAAUUAUUCAUAUAUCUAUUCAGCAGUACAUCAUUUUCUGAUCGAUUGAUUUUAAAAUCUGAGUUUUUAAUUCAGCGUGACAUUGUUUCCAUUUGAGCAGAUUUCAGUGUAUGACUUUUUUUAAAAAUUAUGUUCUGUACUAAAAUGCUGUUUGCUCAUUACAUUAUGCUGUAUUUCACUUAAGAUACCAUUCAUACCAUAUGUUACAUAUAAGACUGGUGCUUCUGCUUUUGAAGAGAAAAAAAUGUCAAUUUUUACUGUAAUAAGUAUUGUAUCAUAAUUAAAAGUUUAUUUGGAUAUUUUCCUGA